AUGUCGUCCCCGCCGUUGUCCCCGCCGUCAACCCCGCCGUCUUCGAGGCUGGGCAAUGGUCCAACUUCGGCCUCCGUCACCUUCGACGAGAGCGCUGAACACAGUCCUUCGUCCGGAAAUCCUUCCUAUGUCGACGCUGCAGGGGAACUGGUAGCUGGAGAGACCGAUAGACUGCUCCCCACUGCUACCGACCCCACGCCUCCUGUCGUUCCCGAUGCCGCAGAUUGUCGAGUUACAUCUCACGAGGAGAAAGGGAUGCUGUCGCGGUUCUCUAGCCAUCUAUCUGCGAUGCAUUUCACAGUCCCUACCAUCCAGCUCCCCAGCCUUCCUCAGUAUGUCACGUUUGACUACCCUUCACUUGGGCGGCUAGGUCGCGUGCGGCUCCCGGAGGACGAGGAGGCGACUCAUGACAACGAACCGAACGCCCCCUCUCGCUUCACCAACUACUGGACGGCUAUCAAGAAGAAGCAGUUUCGCUUGCGUUGGUGGCACUACGUGUUGCUUGUCCUGGUAAUUCUGGCAGCCACUGUUCCUCCCAUUGUGGUCGCCAUCGUGCGCCGCGCUCGCAGGCACUCCUAUCGUCCCGUGCCCACCGUUCUGAGAUGCGCCAAUCCUGCGGAACUCUCUCUUCAUCUAGACCAGCCCUACUACCGUCGAGGCCGUCAGGAGUAUCGGCGCGCCGCGAGCACCUCCUUCAGCGUCCCUGGCGACGUUGCCAACUUACAACUCAACGCGUUUGCCUCGCAUGGCUCUAUCCGCUUCGUUCUCGACAACAGCACCGACGUUGCUAAUCAGACUAAGCGUCGCAAUAUCACGAUCGAUGUAACCGCUUUCAUGGAUGACUGGCCUACUUUCCGACAAAACAUCGAAGUGUGUCGGACAGGUCCUUGGGGUUGGCACGGGAGUACAGGCCUGCGUAUUGGCUCCGCGCAUGGGGGGUUCAUGUCACGCUCCUUGAAAACGGCGUUCGAAGUGACCGUACGCCUACCUGCUGGGUCCGCUACAUCUCCUACGCAGCUUCGCAGUGUCUCUGGCGCUCUUCAGGACUUCGAAGUCAUCAUUGACGAUCUUGAGGGCCGUGUUACCUUUGAAGAUUUCUCUUUGAGCACAAGGAACAUGCCCAUUCACGCAGAGUCGCUCAUAGCCACGGCGGCACUCAACCUCCGUACUAUGAAUGCACCUAUCAGCGGGACAUUCAGGGCGGCGCGCAUCGACAUCAAUGCUUACAACGGGGAGAUCAGGGCGAACGCCAGCGUCACAAUGCCAAGCGGGCCGUCGUAUGCGAAUGGCAGGUUCUACGCGUCUCCGUACUUGAAGAUGACCUCGACGAACCGAGCUAUCGUCGCCAACAUUGAUCUCGUCAAGUCGCACGCUUCGAGCCGCUUCGAGCCAGUGUUCCCCAUCGAAGUCAGAACCAGUGACGCACCCAUCGACCUUACGAUCGCUGCCGCGGAGAAGACUCAGUUGAGCGUGACCACACAAAACACCUUCGCCCCGACGACCGUGACGCUACCCGAUACGUACAUUGGCGACUUCUCCAUGAACAUGAACACCUGGGGCGGCUGGAAUCAACCGUUGGCUCACUUCGAUCAGGAGCAUGAUCGGCUCGGCAGGGCGAUGCGUGUCACUUCACUGACCGACCGUGGUAUCUCUGGCAAUAUCCACUUGCCUGACUCACCGCGCAACACCUUCCCACUUCCCGGGAGCCGCGUCGUUAUGUCUUCCCAGCUCGGCGAACUCGACUUGUAUAUCUAA